AGGGAUAAUAAAAAGGUGUAGGGUUUGUAUCUGUGUAUCUGCACCACCUGCGCAGUCCGGUCAGAGCUGGCACUCAUUCACACAACUUCCUGCCGAGUCAUCGGGACUCUGCGCACCUCCACCCCGGGACUCUGCGCACCUCCGCGGUCAGUACAGAGAUGUCAGGCGCGGGGAAAGAUGAACCCACAGCACCGGGUGAUUGUCAAAGGUCUGAAACGAUCCACGUCGCCGUGAAAAGUCUCACAGAGAUCAGAGACUUCACCGUUAGAGGAUGCUGCACCGUCAGACAGCUGAAAUGGGGUCUAGCAGAGCGCCUGGGAGUCCUGGCAGAGCAGCUGGAGCUGAGCCACUCCGGCCGGGUGCUCAGAGAGUCAGAACUUCUGAGUCACCUUAAAGCACAAGAUGAGUCAGUCAGUCUCUGCGUGAUCCAAAGGUCUCAGCGUUUAUCUGCUGCGACCACCUGUGAUCCAGGUUCAGAAAUGAUCCAGUCGGAGCUCCCAGCCGGGCUCGAUCGUGACCCCGAUAGCUUCUCGCUGUCUCCCACCUCCCCCCUUUGUCUGGUGGAAGGCCUGGAUUCUCUUGGCCUAACAAAUAGUGGGCCUGGCUUCCUCCCAGCACUCCAGCGGCCGAUGGAGAGCCGGCUGCUGGCUGACCCGGAGAUGAUGCGCCGUGUCCUGGGCAGCCCCUUCGUGCAGAGCACCCUCUCUACCUACAGCCCUCAACUAACCAGACAGCUCAUUCUGUCUAACCCCCAGAUUCAGCAGCUCCUGCAGACCAACCCAGAGGUGGGGGAUAUCCUUAACAACACCAUUUUUAUCAAACAGGUGAUGGAGCAUGUCAGGAACCCAGAGAAGGAAAACCCUGAAAGCAUCACUGGUGAUUCUGAUAGGUUUCAGAAGACGUCCCAGAUCCACAUAGGAGCACCUCCAGUGGUGACUACAUCAUCUGGGACCCAGCAGCCAACUGACAGAGAAAGCAACGAGACUCCACCGGUCUCCAGUCCCUCCACGGAUCCUCUCAGAGAAUGGACCGCCUCGGCCACAGUUGAUCCAAACCCUCAGAGUGCUGUUACAGCAGGCAUGCAGUCACUGCUGGAGGAGAUCACAGCCAGUCCAGGACUGAUGGAGAGCCUGCUGUCUGGCCCUUAUGUCAGCAGUCUCCUCAAUUGCCUGGGUCAGAACCCUGACCUGGCUGCUCAGAUGCUGCUGAGUCACCCUUUGUUCUCAGGAAAUCCUCAGCUACAGGAGCAGAUGAGACAGCAGAUCCCUCUCUUCCUGCAACAGAUGCAGAGUCCAGAGCUGCUGUCGGCCAUGUUGAACCCCAGAGCCAUGGAGGCUCUGCUGCACAUCCAACACGGCCUACAGACUCUGGCUGCGGAGGUUCCUACGCUGAUACCUAUAGCCCGUGUUAACGCUACCCCGGAGCUAGCAUCUGACUCUGUCCUUACCAACCAAUCAGGAAGUGGUCCUUGUGUUGCCACGGUGACAGAGGAGCAGCAGUACCAGUUUGUACAUCAGAUGCUACAGGCGCUAGCUAACACCAAUCAUGGGGUCCAUGUUGAGGAGGCAGAGUUCCAGGACGAGCUGGAGCAUCUGAGCUCAAUGGGCUACGGAGACUGACAGGAAAACCACCAGGUUCUCAUCAGGACUGGCGGAGACCUCAAUACUGCUAUACAACAUCUGGUCCCUCAGUCUCUGACACACACACACACACACACACAGAUGUUGUUCUGUCCACAUAGCCAUACAUAAGUGGAUGCACAUAUACUGUACCUAUUAAAUACAAGCACCCAAUACACUAAUAUAAUAAUAUCAUUAUCAGCUAUUACAAAGUGCUUUACAAAAAAACAAACAUAGGAGACAUGCAAGCCAUAUUCAUAUUUCUGUACAGAGACAUGCUUAUAUUAACUCCUUAGCUUUCCUUACAAACCUCUGCAGUCUGCAUUAAGAAAUUCUAUUCAGACCUAGCUUAGUCUACAUCCACGACGUUCCACUUACGGGAUUGGGUUCCCAAACUUUUUCACAUGAAGGACCCCUAAACUAACACAAAUUAGACCAUGAACCCCAACACCCCCCCAUAAGAUUUUGCCCCAAAGUGCCCCAUCUGAUAGAUUUUUUGCUUUUAGAUGUUUUAUUACAGAACGUGAAUGAAACCCAUGACCAUAAUAGUCAUACAUUCUGUCAUUGUGCUACUUAUGGAUAGAAUUACAGUGAAAUUUAAAGUAAAACAUUUUUGUUUCUCCUUUUGGCUGGGGACCCCCUGGAACCUCCUCAAGGACCCCUGGGAACCACAGGUUUAAAGAAAUGCCAAUAAACAACAGCAUGUUUUCCUCCCAUACCGGAAUGCUGUGUGGACUUGUGUGUGCCAAACUAGUCCUAGGAAAACAUUCCCCCCCUACCUUAGUACACUUUACACUAGUUUUUUUAAUUAAAAGGUGCCUAAUGCAUUUACAGAUUGUAAAGCCCCUUGAAGAAAAUUUGUGAUAUUGGACUGCUUUUGGUUAAUAUUAAGAUAAAAACAAAAAAAUACAAUCAGUCGGAUGCAGGUCCAUACUGGUAUUUAAACCCACCUCACAUAUUGUAGACUUGUGGCAAUUGCAUACAUAUUUAGAGGCAGGUCAUAUAUUAUUAAUCUCUGGGUAUGAAGCUCACGCCUCUUUUCAUCUUGCCACCUGGACAAUGAUGAGAGCUUGUAACAUCUAGAGACAGUCAGAUGUUCUUGAACGCACAUCGAGGAUUCACACCCAGUCA